AUGGCGGCCAGCGAAGGAGUGAGAAAGCUAAAAGAACAUUAUCUUUUUGGUUUUGCGAAGUUUUUUAGCUUUCUAAAUCACCAAAAGUCUUCGGGACUCACUCAGGGUGUCCAAGUAAAUGCAAAAGGCGACGAUAAAAUGAGUUAUAUGACUCCAGUAAGAAUAAAUGUUGCACCAAAUUUUGACAAAACUUGUGUGACAUGGCUAACUAGUUUUCACUUGUCAGAAGACACGGGUAAGGUUCAUGUGUGCGGAUGGUGCAAUGGAAGCAAAAUUACUGCAAAUGAAAAUGUUCUCCUACCUAUUGAGAGCAAAAUUUUGGAUGUUCAAGGAGGCUGGAAGGAAUUGAUAUUAAUCUCCAAUGAUGGCAAGUGUCAUAUGAUCUCAAAUUUGCACAAUGAUUGGACAGCUGCUGUUUAUGAAAAUGAAGCAAAAUUCACAACAUGCGAUGUUGGUGACAUGCAUACAAUUGUUGUUGAUGAACACGGCCAAGCAUACAAGUUAGAAACUGUGAAUAAAAUUCAUCAGAGUUUAAAGACAGACAAUCAAAUGAAAAGUGACAGUCGUCUAUUUUCACCAAUACAGUUGAAAGUGAAAGUUGAUUUAGUUAGUUGUGGCAAGGAACAUGUAUUGUUAUUAAACACAACAUCAGGACAUGUGUUUAGUUUUGGCCUUGGUAGUCGGGGUCAACUGGGGCAUGGUGGCGUUGAUGCAGAAACCACGCCCAAAGUUAUCGAGGCGUUGGCAGGUAUUCGUAUUAAACAAGUUGCUGCUGGUGGCUGGCAUUCACUCGCAUUGAGUGACAUUGGGGAUAUCUAUACAUGGGGCUGGAACAAUCAUGGACAAUUAGGGAUUACAUGUCUACCCCCAGAGGUCCCUCAAGCAUUUCACAUGUUACCCUAUAUCAUUGAGUUUCCACAAGAAUGCAUGGUUAAUCAUAUUGCAUGUGGUACAAGACAUUCCGCGGCUGUGACGUCUGAGCCAAAAAGUGUAUGGACAUGGGGCUGGGGGCAGUACGGCCAGUUAGGGCAUGGGGAUAGUCUUGAUAGAACAGUACCAACUGUGGUAGAAUAUUUUCAAAACACACAAAUAUUGGAGAUUACUUGUGGUCCAUGGCAGACUGUGGUUACUUUAGAAAGCAUUUAUGAGAAGUAA